AUGGAAAAAAAGGUUGCAAUUAUUGGUGCUGGACUCAGUGGCCUAAUUGCCUGCAAAUAUGUUCUUGAGACUGGUUUUCAGCCGGUUGUGUUUGAAGCUGAUGAAGGCCUUGGAGGCCAAUGGAGACACACUAUUGAGUCUACAAAAAUACAAAACCCUAAACAAGAUUUUCAGUUUGUUGAUUUUCCUUGGGAUUCUUCUGUGAAAGAAGAUAAUCCAAAUAAUCAACAAGUGCAAGCUUAUUUUAAUGCUUAUGCUCAACGUUUUGGAAUUGUUCCUUGUAUAAGAUUCAAUUCUAAAGUCAUUGAUAUUGAUUAUGUUGGUGAGUCCAAUGAAGAUAUUAAGUCAUGGGAGUUAUGGAAUGGUGAUGGAACUCCUUUUGGGUCCAAGGGGACAUGGCAUAUUACUGUGCAAGAUACUAAGAAUUUUUCAACUGAGGUGCACAAAGCUGAGUUUGUUAUUCUUUGCAUUGGGAAAUAUAGUGGUUUGCCAAACACUCCUGAGUUUCCUCAUGGAAAAGGCCCGGAAGUUUUUAAGGGUAAAGCAAUGCAUUCUAUGGAUUAUGCUGCCUUGGACAAUAAGUCUGCUGCUGAAUUGAUCAAAAACAAGAGAGUUACAGUUGUAGGAUCAGGAAAAUCUGCUCUUGAUGUAGCUACUGAAAUUGCAGAUAAAAAUGGAGUCAAUUAUCCUUGUACAAUGAUUCAGAGAACUGUACAUUGGUUUCUCCUAGAUUUCAACAUUUGGGGCUUUAGUCUUGCAUACCUCUAUUUCAACCGUUUUGCGGAGCUUUUAGUUCACAAGCCCGGAGAAAACCUUCUUCUCAGCCUCGUGGCCACUUUAUUUUCACCAUUCAGAUGGGGAUUCGGCAAACUCGUUGAAAUAUAUUUAAAAUCAAAGCUACCACUGAAGAAGUUCGGACUCGUACCAAAACACAGCUUUCAUCAUGACAUGCACAAAUGUACAUUCGGAGUACUUCCUGAUUUGUAUUUCGACAAACUGAAAGAAGGAUCCAUCCUGAUAAAGAAAUCACAAACCGUUAGCUUCUGCAACGAAGGUUUGAUCAUUGACGGAGAAGCCAAACCUAUCGAAUCAGAUCUAGUUAUUUUCGCGACAGGUUUCAAAGGUGACGAAAAACUCAAAAGCAUAUUCAAAUCUCCAACAUUCCAAAGUUACAUUAAGACUCCAUCAAAUGUAACAGUUCCUCUCUACAGGCAAGUACUUCAUCCUCGAAUCCCACAAUUGGCGAUCAUGGGAUACGCUGAGGCGCUAUCGAACAUCUAUUCGAAUGAAAUGAGGUGUCUAUGGCUAGCACAAUUUUUGGAUGGGAAUAUUAAGUUGCCUAGUGUUAAGGAGAUGGAAAAGGAUGUUAAAGUGUGGGAAGAGACUAUGAAGCAAUAUGAUAGAAAAUGGAAUUCAUGCAUUGUUACUUGUGGGAUAUGGUAUAAUGAUCAAUUGUGCAAGGAUAUGAAAUGUAAUCAUCUGAGGAAGAAGAGUGCUUUUGCAGAGCUUUUUGAACCAUAUGGACCAUCUGAUUAUAAUGGUCUUGUUCAAAAAUGA